GCGGUUUCUUCCCAUUCAAUCGCGAGGAUAGCUCAGCCAGGAUAACUCAACAAUAUCGUGCUCGAUCCUUCGAGGGUCGGUCAAAGGUGGCCACCACAAAAGGCAAAGCACCAUACAAUUGCCCCGUUCAAAAAGUGAUAGUGAGUGUGUGUGUAUGUGUGUGUGUGUGAGAGAGGGGCACCAUGAGCACCAGUGGCAAAGCGGGGUCACCACCUCCCCUUUGAACCGGUCCACGUAGAUUGAGAUUGUGGCCAAGCCGCAAAUGCAGCGGCUAGUUGCGAAUUCACAACGUGCCACGGGCAAAACACUGACACCUCCAUCGCGUUCGGUCCCCCAAAAAUCCAGUGUCCAUCGAGCAGCAACUCGCAACCCGCAACUCGCAACCCGUAACCCGUAACCCCUAACCCGUAUUCCGUAUCCGUAUUCCGUGUCGCGUCGCGGUUCGUUGAGCUGACAGCCAAAAAUGUCGGUUUAGUUGCGCCAUUAUCUAUAUGCACACGAGUCCUGGGCUUGCAGAUUGCAUCCUAUAUCCGCGGAACGUGUCGCCAUCGCCAUCGUCACCGCUGGCCAUGUGAACUGUAAAACAAACAAUUAAAAGCUACAAAUCCAAUUAAUAACCAAUAAAGUUUAAGGUUCAAAACCAAUUAAUGUAAAAGAAAAAAUUUAAUUAAAGUUAUAACUUUAACGAUACAUAUCAAUGUUAGUCUGAUUUUCCUUUAAUACUAUUAGAGCCACAAAUAUUUAUUAAAUGCCAAUAAACAUAUCACGAUAUUUAAAGUGCUAAGAUUGAUUACAAAUAAUAGAGUUAAAAGGAUAUCCUAGAGCAAUUAAAUCGAUUUAAGAUUCCGAGAUUGAAGUGAAGUGAUUAAAGCAAAAACAAGGUGGCAAAAUAAAUCUUUAAUUAAAUCGACUGUGUAGAAGGAUGCAUUUUAAUUGAAUGGAAAUAAGGAAUCACGCGAGUUUUCCUCUAUAACACGCACAUCGGUGUCGCGCAAAAUCGCUUUGUCAUGUAAUGUCUUUAUGCCUCUCAGCGGAUCAAGUGCUUAGGCGAUAAGGAAAAGCAGCUGCCAGGCUCCUAUCCGGAUUUAUAUGAAUAAAUGAAGGCACGCAUGCUACGGCCGUAAGCCAAAGUUGAAGGAGGCCUAGAAUUCCAUCGCACAGCGGAUUAGCUGCAACAUAAAGGCACAAUACACAAAGGCCCUGAAAUAGAGAGAAAAAUAAACCGGGGAAAAGCAGCAGGAAGGCGGGAUUUGGUGCCCUCCAUGACGUCGACAGUGUGUAAAUGGGCAAGCAAUUAAGCCGUUAACGAUGUGCCCGCUCUCAAAGGCGCCACCCAGGACCAGGACCUCCCCAAUCCAGAUCGCCAUAGAAAGCCAGAUAGAGUCCUUUACGAGCAAAAGCAAACCUAUGAAAAAUGCAUUCAGCUGCGCUGUGUCCAAUGUCGCUGAUUAAUUCCAAUUGAACAGUAGACAACGUCCUCCGAUAUCUGGAUUUUAUUUGUGCUGCAACCAAUGACAACAUGCUGAAACCGUUGGCCGUGAUUAUUGGAAUUUUUUAUUUAGGUUCCACCAUUAAGGGCGUCGUGGCCAUAUUGAAUUGUAUCCUGGCACGUCAGCUAUGUUUCGAGGAUCCCUCAUGUUCGGCCAUACUGGAAAUAAUACCGCGUGUCUGUGGGCCCAUACCAGUGUCCUGCAGCACGGUGACGGUGACCAAGUGCCAGGCUGCCCUGCGCACCCUGCAGGCCUUCCAGUUCUUCCGGCCCACCUGCCUGUGCAAGGAACCCGGCAUGGAUCCCGACUGUAAUCACUUUCGGGACUUUCUCUUUGAUCAUCCAUGCGGAUUUGUCCUCAAGAAAGCCGAGAAGGAUCCCUACCCCAUUGAUGCACUGCCAACUUGCAACCAUGCCCUGUCUGUCUGCCAACAGGAACGCAAAUGCCUGAAGCUCUUCGAGGACUUCAAAACGCAUUGCAAAGUGCGCGACAACAAGUGCAAAAUGGAAAACAGGGACGCCUGUCAUGAUUCCUGGACCAACCUCCGGCUGUCGCCCAUGUUCGGAUGCAUCUGCCCGAACAACCAUAUGAAAAAGCGCUGUGAUCGUAUCUUUAAUAUUGUUAAUCACAAUCCGUGUGUGGAUAGAAUAAUAUUUUUCCCCAACGGACUGCCAAAAUUGAAACAACCGAGGACAAAGGCAAAGCCGCGGCCAAAACCAAAAGCGAAACCCAAGCCGAGGCAAAGGCACCACGGCAUCAAUGGCACCGAGCUCAUGUCCAACAAUAUCGAGUACCACGAUGAGCCCAACGGAGUGAACGAUCCCGAGGAUGGGGGCAAUGCAACGGAGGACGAGGAUCCCGGUGGCGAUGGGGAGGAUGACGAGGAGGAGGACGACGAUUAUGAUGACCGCAUACGAGCCGAGAUUUAUUCGAAUUACCCGCACUACCUGCAUCCGCCGUCGUGGGGCAUUAACAAUCCUCUGGUCCUGGCCUCGCACAGUCCGCACACAUUGGACGACGACGACGACGUGGUGGUGGAGGUGGUGGUGGCCAAGAAGAAGCCACUGCCGCCGCCGCCGCCGCCGGACCUGGAGCAUGACGUGGUGGUGGUGGUGGAUGCGGGGCCGCACUCCCACACCCACCCACACUCGCACACCUUCUAUAGCCACGGCGAUCAGGGCUCCACGCCGGGAUCUGGACCUCCGGGCGCAGCACCCACUUUACCCAGCCCACCUAACACUGGCACCAAAAUGCACAAAACAGCACCACUCGGCGAUUUAGUUGCCGGCAGCGAUAUAACCCACCGCACCUACACUGGACCCACGAUGGAUGAACGAGGUGGUCAGGAUGUCGAAGUUGACCUCUCAACGGAAAUAAUCAAGCAACACUUUCAGAGUACCUGUCACACGGCAUUGGACACUUGCCGGGAAGAUCCGUCCUGCUCAUCGUCCUUGCAGCCCAUGCUGACGCACUGCGAGCUGCACCGGUGCAAUCGCAACGCGUGCAUGUCCUCGUUGCAGGCCUUCUACAAGGGACCCCACGAGGACCUCAAUCUGGACAUUGCCUUUUGUCUAUGCAAAAAAACAAGUAGCAGCCAGCAGAACGGCAAUCGGCACGACAUGUGCAUGAUUGCACAGGAAAAACUGCAUCCAGUGUGCGCGCAGCGACCGCCCGAUAACAGUAAUCCGGCCAGCUCCAAUGGCAUUUACUACCAUCCACCGCCCGCCUGUCACGUGGUCGCCGACAGCUGCAAGGAGGACCGCGAGUGCAGACUAAAAUUGGAGUAUUACGAGCAGGCCUGUGCCGUGGACAGCGUGACCAAAAAGUGCGCCGGCAGACCAAGUGGUUGUCGAACGGCCAUGAUUGGCAUUUUGGGCACCAUGUUGAGGACGACCUGUGCCUGUCAGGGAACGGAUCCCCAGCACCUGUACCAGUGCGUCGGAUGGCGACGCCUCCUCUGGAUGAACCCCUGUGUGGUUGAGGCUCAAAAGGAUUUCCACAUGAAGCGAUUGGCUGAGCUCGGUUUCCUUACAACCACAACAACGACGACCACCACGACGACAACAACAACGACGACGACAACCACGCGUGCACCACCGCCCCCACCUCCGCCCACCACAACAACAACAACGACGACCAGCCUGCAGCCAAAGCAGACGCCAAGGAAGCCGGCGACGCACAUCUUCAAGGACGUCACUGCGCCAAAGGAGAAAUCAGAGCCAACAUCGGUGGAACACAAUUAUCUCGAUCCGCCCGAUUCAAUACCGCUGCCCAGCGUAAAUGUCGAGAGCGGCGGAAAUGGCGGAAAUGACGAUUAUCACAACGGCAACGGCAAUGGACACGGAAAUGAAAAUGGCAAUGGUAACGGGAAUGGCAACGGCAACGGCAACGGCAAUGGCGGCAGACGCAAAAAUGGCGGAAAGGGACGCGGCGGCAGUGUAGAUUUCGAUGAUCCAGUAAUUUUCGUGGACCCACGGGAAACAACGGAAUUUGUGGGCAUCAGCAUCACGGAGCCGGUAACCACAACAACCACAACAAUGGCCACCACGACAACAACACAGCCGCCAAGAAACUGUGUAGUCCAGCGACCACGUCAGUCGGAUCAACUUAUUCGAGAAGGCAGCAGCAAACGGAUCUACUCCUUGGACGACGUCGAGUGCAGUGAGCUGUGCAGCUGCGGCGAGUCGCUCAUCCUCACCUGCCACGCCCUCUGCGUGCCGUUCGCCCCCUGCCGCACCGCCCUGGCCUUCUACAGCCACGCCUCCCCCGCCUACCAGGCGUUCCGCGGACGCUGUCUGUGCUACUCGGGCCGCUUCAUCUGCAUGAAGCCGCCGCUCGGGGAGUACAUUCUGCCAGGUGGGAUAUUCCUGCUGCUGGGCUACAGUGCCGCCGACGAGGCGCUGCUGAGGCCCCACACCAACCUGGGGGUGCAGGAUGCCGUGCGAGCCCUGCAGCAGUACGUAACCGCAUACAUCGAUAAUCAGACCCAGUGCACCCUCACCUUGUUCAAUAUGACCGAGGAGAACAUCAUCAUUGCUGCGCGUCUGCCGCACGACGGCAAACUGAAGGAUAUUGAGCUGCUUCGCAAGGAGAAGGACGAGUGCACCGCGAUACUGAAGACCAUCAGUCAUCAAAUCAAUAGCGAGCACAGUGAGCUCCAAUCCCACCGACUGCUGAGCAUUUUCAAAAUGUCCGAGGUCGAGGUCGUUUGGCCGGAGAGCACCAGUGCGGCGGCCCGGAGUGGACAUGGUCCGGGCCAGUUUGCCGGAUGCCAAUGCCACCGGCUGCUGUACGCGGCGAUGCUCGCGCUGGCGUAUCUUUCCAGCUGGACAACACUGCGUAUGAGCGAUGUGGCGACAUGACAGCCGCAUAGCUGAAGGAUUAGAGCAAGGACAAUUGCAUAACUGUACGUAGUAGAUAUUUGUAGGGGGAUCAUCGGUGGGAAACAGCGCCAGGCGAGUUACGAUAUGUGGAGCGAUAGCGAUAACUAUAAACUAUAAUGAUAUGGUGCAUACUCUUAGGCGCCGCACAUGGCAUAUAGCAUAAUCAUAAUGUGUUGUAUACAUCUAGGGGCAGGUUCUGUGUUUAGCUGCAAUUUUUGUGAAGCUUUGUUGUUAACCCUUGACGAUGUUGCUGUCUCUUUUGAUACGUACAUAUGUAAAGCAUUAUGGGAUAUAUAAAACUUGUAGAACAUACGGCUAGAAAACUUAUCUAGAUUAAUCUAUAAUUUAAAGUGAAAGGAAACUGCUGUCUACAUAAUAAUAUUGUUAGCAAAUAACAGAGACAAACUCGAUAGUUGGAUUUGAUGUGGCGUGUAUAUAGAAGGCAUACGUAUUAAGUACUAUCCGUAGCUAGUGGUUUAUACGGCAAAUAAUACACACAAUUCCUAUCCGUCUGUCCGUUCAUCAUUAUCGCACCCAAACACAUACAACAUUCAAUAAUUACCGCCAAUUUCAUCGCUGUUAUUGUUUGCUUUUUAAGCUCUAUAAAGUUCUUGGCUGCCCCAAUUAAAAGGAAUUAUUAACCGCCUUAACAGUGUUUACUUUGUUAAAGGAUGUGAGUGCCUCUUCUGGAUAUGCCGGCUUCCUUUUGAUUUUUAAUUACAUUUUAAUGUGCCCUGGCCUCACCAUUUUUCCUUCUGCCGGGCAAACAAAUAAUAGUCAGGCGUGCGAAUGAACUCAUUUAACACUCGCAUUCACGGUUGAGCGUGCAUAACGUUAUUGUUAAUUUAUUUCAUAGUUUCCGUUUCGUCUGGAGGCGCGAAACAAUUACGGUUUCAUUAUCAAUUAUGCGUUCUGCAUUUCGAUUGUUGCCACAAUUUCACCGGGCCGAAGGCCGUGACCUCGCCUCGUUUCAACAGGUUUCAUUGCUUCCUCCAAAAUCCUGAUUACCUUUUCAGUUCGCUGUACAUACUCUUACCACUUUGAACUCAAUUUACGUAAAUAAAUACUAACAGUACAUAUCAAUAUGAACACCUAAACGAGUUUUACACAGUAACAAAAUUCUUACAAUGUCCCUCGAUUGCUCGAAUCUUUUGUACAUAGUUCUUUAUAUGAAAACUAUACAUAGUAUUUACAACGAUAUACAACAAGUAAAAACACGCCUAAGUCAACCUUAUGAACUAUUUUAUGAAUACUUGAUUCUCUUAACAAAAAAGAUAGCAUGAACUGUAUAUGGAAAGAAACUUCAGUUGAGCCUUAUAUAAAGUAUGUAAAAAGGAGGAAAGUAGCUAUUGUAAAUAAAAGAAGAAAAAACACCUGAGUGAAUGGAGCCUCUAUGAAUAUUAAUGGAGUGUUUGACAUAUAGACACAUGCACUACACACUUUAAGUCUAAGCUUGACCAUUUGAAAGUAAACUUGUAAAAGUUUGAAGUAUGCGCAUAUUGAAAAUGGUCACAAUCAUGAAAAAAUGUCUUCCUUAAUGCAUAUACUCGGCGAUAUGUAUUAUGUUUAUACACAUAAAUAUAUAUACACAUUCUAACCUAUACGAUAUCUGGCAAGUACCCAGCCUGCGCUUCAGUUAGACGAAAGAUAAUGUAAUAUAGACACCAAGGGCUAAAACAUAACUCUAUCGAAUAUCCUUGCAAAUUAUAACACUGUUGACACAAAUUAAUACUAACCGCAGCAUAUCAAAGUCAAAUAUACCCCUAAAUAUAUAUAAUUAUAAUGAAAUAUACAUAUGCGUAAAGUUAUAAACGUUAGAAAGCAUUGAAAACUACUUUAAUAGUCUCUAGAGAAAGCAACGCUUUAACCUAAAACAACAAGCAGCAAAAACAGAAAUGUGUAAAGUUUAUUGGAAACCUGCUUAAAAAAUCUUCUAGCUAAAUAUUAGACGAAUUUAAGGCUAUUAACUUAUUAAAGGAAUAGGGCAAAUUAGUAGAAUUGUUGGGGCAUUGGAUUUCAGUUCAUUUGCUAUCCUAUCCAUAUCGUUUAAUGGCCAACGAAAGCAGUAACUAAGUCGUUAUAGUUUUGGAGCAUAUCAGUGGCAGGUCGAGCGUAUUGUUUCAUCUCAUUCCCUCACUUUCAGGGUGCGGACAAAGCGUAGCUACAAUGUAAAGUACCGUUAAAGUAAAAAGAUAAAUAAAAAUGAAAAACGAAAAACGAAAAAUGAAAAACAAGAAGUAAAUGAAGAAUAUUACAAAAUAGUCGCAUUAAUGUAAAAAGCAAGCAAAAUGCAAAAGGAAAACUAGCACUCAAAAAGCAAUCUGUAGCAUGGCGGAUAGCGAAUCAGAAAGGCAUCGCAAUAAACGUAAAACAGAGGAAAUACUUUGAAAAUUAUGCAUGAGGAAUACGAGAGCCAUACUUCAUGUUUAAAGCUGUAAGUUGAAACCUACAAAGUAAAUGAUAUAUAUACGAUAUGUUAGGAAUGCAUACGAGUGUGUGUUUGUAAGUAAGCGGGCUUUAUGUUAGCGUAUACAACCCAGUUGAGGUGCAUGGAUAAAGAUAAAUUUAAAUAUAAAUUAUGGAAUAAUGCAAAGCGAAUGAAAACCAAGCGAUACGUCGUGGCAUAUUUGUAAUAAAAACAAUGUAAGUGAAACAACAUGAACAAGAGCAAAAAAUAAAGAAAACCAAAAAAUAUAGAAAGUAAA